CACGCCCGGCUAGCUCCUGCCCUGCCCGCCAUGGACGGGCCACAGUCCCCGGCCCUGUGGGGCAAGUACGAGAACAGUAUCUCCGAAAUGAGCCAGAAGCUGCAGGGGGAAUAUUUCCGGUACAAAGGCAUUCCCUUCCCCGUCGGCAUGUACUCACCCGAGAGCCUCAGCCUGGCAGAGAACACUGACAAUGUGCGGGAUGAGGACAUUUUCAUUGUCACCUAUCCCAAAUCAGGUACCAACUGGAUGAUUGAGAUCCUCUGCUUAAUCUUGAAAGACGGGGACCCCUCGUGGAUCCGUUCUGAGCCCAUUUGGCAACGUGCACCCUGGUGCGAGACCAUCAUAAGCGCCUUCAGUCUCCCAGACCGGCCCAGCCCCCGCCUCAUGAGCUCCCACCUCCCCAUUCAACUGUUCACCAAGGCAGCCUUCAGCUCCAAGGCCAAGGUGAUUUACUUGGGCCGGAACCCCCGGGACGUCGUGGUGUCCCUUUAUUAUUACUCUAAGAUUGCAGGGCAAUUGAAGGACCCUGGUACUCCUGAUCAGUUCCUUCAGGAUUUCCUCAAAGGAGAAGUGCAGUUUGGCUCCUGGUUUGACCACAUCAAGGGCUGGAUCCGGAUGCAGAGCCAUGAGAACUUCCUGUUUAUCACCUAUGAAGAGCUGCAGCAGGACCUGCGAGGCUCUGUGCAACGCGUCUGUGAGUUCCUGGGCCGGCCACUGGGUGAAGAGGCCCUGAGCUCUGUGGUGGCCCACUCAGCUUUCGGUGCCAUGAAGGCCAAUACAAUGUCCAACUACACACUGCUGCCGGCCAGCCUGCUGGACCACCGCCAGGGGGCGUUCCUGCGCAAAGGCAUCAGUGGUGACUGGAAGAACCACUUCACUGUGGCGCAGAGUGAGGCCUUCGACCGCGUCUACCGUGAGCAGAUGAGAGGACAGCCGAGCUUCCCCUGGGACAUGUCCCCAGAGGAUACCAACCCUGAUGGCGACCCUGAUCCUGAGCCCAGCCCCAGUCCUGGCCCUAACCCAGGAUCCUCUGAUGACCCCAACGUAGCAGCCUCACAAUAAAGUUGAC